AUGCAUACACCUCCUUCGAAAGUCGAAGUAUUACGUAGGUUACUGGUUCAUUCUGAUGGCCGUGAUAAAACCUUAAAAAUUAUCCAAUACUUUGGAAAACUUAUUCUUUGGCUUCAUGAUCGUAAAGUCUCUAAAAUUAAUCCCGUUAUUUAUCUACUUUUUCGAGACAGAGUUUUCUUGUCAAAAGUUUCUCCUCGAUUAAAAGCAAUGACCUCACACUUUAGCACAACACGUAAAAUAAUUCGUUUAGCCCAUUUCAUAGAACCUUAUUCAGAUUUACGUGAAUAUUAUACUGGUGCACGUAAAAUCUCUCGUUCUUCAACUCCAUAUGAAAAAGUUGUUCAUUAUUUUGGAGCUAUCAAUGCAUUAGUUGGCAUAAUGAAUGAUAUAUUCGAUGAUUUAUAUUGCCUUGGUAAAAUUAAUGUUUUAGAUAAAUCAGUUGCCAAAUGGGCAGAGCCCAUUGCGAUUAAAUUUUGGUUUUUCUCUAUUUGUUUGGAUAUCCACGAAACCUUAUUCAAAAUUUGGCAAACGAAUGAGAAAAUUAAAAAGGCUAAUUCAGAAGAAACAGAAAAGUAUAACCAGAAGUUAUAUUGGUUAAAUGUUAGUUUAGUUAAAUUGUUUAUGGACUUUUUGUUUUGUGGGUAUGAUUUCUUUGAAUAUACUUUCUCAGAUGGCGUGCAAGCAGUUUCUGGACUUAUGGCCGGAAUUUUAAGUUUUCAUAAGCUUUGGGAAAAGGAAACACAAAGAAUUAUGAGUUUUUCAUAA